CUUGUUUUAGGUUUAGGUGGUGAAGCACAGAGCCAUUGCCGGAGCCGGAAACCAAAGUCAAGAUGGCGAGUGCUCAAAGGUCUUUGUCUACCAAGGAGGCCGAUAUUCAGAUGAUGUUGGCCGCCGAGGUUCACUUGGGAACCAAGAACUGCAAUUUCCAGAUGGAGCGAUACGUUUUCAAGCGCCGCAACGACGGAAUCUACAUCAUAAACCUGGGAAAGACAUGGGAAAAGCUUCAAAUGGCUGCCAGGGUUAUUGUGGCUACUGAGAAUCCGCAAGACAUUAUUGUGCAGUCUGCGAGACCUUAUGGUCAGAGAGCUGUAUUGAAGUUUGCUCAAUACACCGGAGCUCAUGCAAUUGCUGGGCGACACACUCCCGGUACAUUCACUAAUCAAUUGCAGACGUCAUUUAGCGAACCAAGGCUACUCAUUCUAACUGACCCAAGGACUGAUCACCAGCCCAUCAAAGAAGCAGCUCUGUCUAACAUUCCCACAAUUGCUUUUUGUGACACCGACUCCCCAAUGCGCUAUGUUGACAUUGGAAUUCCUGCCAACAACAAGGGGAAGCACAGCAUUGGUUGCUUAUUCUGGCUACUGGCCAGGAUGGUGCUUCAAAUGCGAGGGGUGAUUGCACCGGGGCACAAAUGGGAUAUUAUGGUUGAUCUAUUCUUUUAUCGGGAACCCGAGGAGACCAAAGAACAGGAAGAGGAAGAAGCUCCUGCCAUUGCUGACUAUGCUGAUUAUUCUGCUCCAGCCCUUGGUGCCGAUUGGUCUAGCAAUCAAAUCCCGGAUUCCCAGUGGACUCCUGAUGUGGCUGGUGCAGCGCCAGUUGCUAGUGGUUAUGCCACCGGAGCUGAUGGGUGGGAUGUAGCUGCUCCACCAUCGAUUCCUGCCCCUACUGCAGAUGUUGCCGUACCAAAUAUUGCACCUGACGGAUGGGAAUAAGCCAGGUUAUAUAAUACUAUCCUCGUGCACUUACGUUUAUUCGAAUUUUAGAUUUUUACAGUGAUUAGAGAGGACAAUAUGAUUUGGCUUAUAUUUGUUAAUUUAGCAAGUUUUGUUUGCUUGAAAUUGCUGCUGUCGCUGCAUUUUUGAAAUGAUUCCAUGUUUUUCAUAUCUAAAUUGAAUACUGGUUCCAGUUUA